AUGACCACGCGCGUCCACCUUCCAAGACAAGAAGCACUUUAUCAGACCACUGGGAUAGAUAGUCUCGUGACAUCUGUUGCUGCGGCUCUUGCUGCUUUGAAUGGUAUCGGUGGUGCAGGCUAUGCAAGUAUAGAUAGUACGAUGGGUCGUCACAGAGUCUCUCCCGUUGUGGCAGGUGUAAUCGGAGCAAUGGUCACUUUGGCAGUCGUUGUAAUCGCAUUAUUACUUGCUUUCUUGGGAAAGUCACUCUUGGGCAAAAAGAAUAAAUCGCGUAACUCUAGUCAAAAUCGUCCUCUUUACGUUUACAAUUCGCGCGAUGGUCAAAAUACCAUUUCGGGAUCUUCCCAUGAAAAAUCAAGUGAACAUGAGCAACAAAUUUAG